AUGGAUAAAUAUCUUAAUAAAAGACCUCGAGUUUCUAUCGGUUCUUCUAGUGCUAAUGUUGAGCAAGAACCACAACAAUUGGGAAAUAAUGUGGUAGUUGAAAAUAAUCCGGACGAGAUUGAAAUUGAUAAAGAGAAAAUUAAAGCCGACCCUGGAUUACGAGACUCUAUGGAUAGUUUUGAUGUGAAUAUUCGGGAUCGUAUUCGUAGAGAAUAUGUUGCCAAAGGUCCUUGCCAACCAAAAAACCAUGAUUUUCCAAAAAAACAAUAUGGGAAAGAUAAGAGAGGGUUUAGGGAUGUUUGGUAUAAAGAUUAUGUUUGGCUUGAAUAUAGUACGACAGCAGAUGCUGCGUAUUGUUUUUGGUAUUUUCUUUUCAAGAGUGGUUAUUUAGCACCGGGAGAUGAAGCAUUUGUUAGUGGUGGUUUCUCUAAUUGGAAGAAGGCUAAUGAAAGAUUUAGAGCUCAUGUUGGGUCAAUGGGUAGUUCACACAACAAAGCUAGAAUUGAAUAUGAAAAUUUUGUAAAUCAAAAGCAGAGUGUGACUUAUAUUGUUAGUAGAGUUAGCUCAAAACAAGAGAAGGAAUAUAGGAUUCGUUUGACUGCAACUCUUGAUGUUAUUCGAUUCCUUUUGAAUCAAGGUUUGGCUUUUAGACGACAUGAUGAGACAUCAACUUCUUCAAAUAGGGGCAACUUUCUAGAGCUAUUAUAUUGGUAUAGUUUAUGGAAUGAUGAAGUUGGUCAAGUUGUAUUGAACAAUGCUCCUGGAAAUAAUCAAAUGAUUGCUCCAUCAAUUCAAAAAGAAAUAGUUAAUGCAUGUGCAGUUGAAACUACGCUAGAAAUAAUGAAGGAACUUGGUGAUGAAUUAUUUUCCAUAAUGGUUGAUGAGUCUCGAGAUUGCUCGGUGAAGGAGCAAAUGGCUAUUGUUAUUAGAUAUGUGAACAAAAAUGGAGAGAUAAUAGAAAGAUUUUUAGCCUUAGUUCAUGUUAAAGAGACUUCAUCAAAAUGCUUGAAAAUGGCAAUUGACUUCGUAUUUCUAAGUUGGGAUUAUCUUUGUCAAGAUUGA